AUGCCCGGCACGCUCGAUUGGCAACGCAAAGCCGCCGACAAGCGCGCAGCCCAGCUCGCCAUGAUCCCGUCUGCCUGGCGCCUCCCCUCCCCGUCCGCCAACUCGCCGCCGCUCGACGUGCGCGACCGCGUCCGCACCAGCGGGAUCCUGAGCGACGUCGAGCUCGACAUCACCGGAGAGGUCAACGCCCAGGUCAUCCUCGACAAGAUGGCGCACGGCGAGUGGACCGCGACCGCCGUCGUGACCGCCUUCUGCAAACGAGCCGCGCUCGCCCACCAGCUCACCAACUGCCUCACCGAGCCGCUCUUUGAUCGCGCGCUCGCUCGGGCCGCACAACUCGACGCGCACUUUGCCGCGACGGGCGAGGUCGUCGGCCCGCUCCACGGUCUGCCCGUCUCGCUCAAGGAGCAGUUCGACAUCGAGGGCGUCGAGUCCACCAUGGGCUUCGUCUCUCGUAUCGGCCACGUCUCGACCGACUCGGCUGCGCUCGUCAAGGUUCUCGAGUCGCUCGGCGCCGUCAUCCACUGCCGCACCAACAUCCCUCAAGCGCUCCUGAGCGACGAGUCGAUCAACAACGUCUUUGGCCGCGUCCUCAACCCGCACAACACGAACCUGACGGCCGGCGGCUCGUCCGGCGGCGAGGCGGCCCUCCUCGCGCUUCACGGCAGCCCGCUCGGCGUCGGCACCGACCUCGGCGGCUCGAUCCGCAAGCCCGCCGCUUUCUGCGGCCUGUACGCCCUGCGCCCGACAUCGCGCCGUGUCCCGUACGCCGGCGCGAGCAACGUGUUCGAGGGCGCCGAGGCGCUCGAGAGCGUGGUCGGGCCCAUGGCGACGAGCCUCGAGAGCCUGCGCGUGUUCAUGCGCAGCGUCGUCGGCGCCCGACCGUGGGAGUACGACGCUAAGGUCGUCGAGCGAGGGUGGGACGACGGGCUCGCGAGGGCAGAGGGCGACGACGGCAAGAAGUGCUUCGCCUUCAUGUGGUCGGACGGGCUCGUGCGGCCGCAGCCACCGCUCGAGCGGGGCAUGCGGGAGCUGUCGGACAAGCUGCGGGCGGCGGGGCACGAAGUCGUCGACUGGGAACCGCUCGACCACGCCGGCGCGCAGGACAUCGUCAGCCGUAUCUUCGACGCCGACGGUGGAGAAGACGUGCGGCGCUGGAUCGGCGACUCGGGCGAGCCUCUCCUACCGCAGGUCUUUGCCUCGCAGCACCCGGCCAUGAGCAUGUACGAGUCGUGGCAGCUCAACAAGCGUCGCGACGCUUACCGCCAGCGUUUCCUCUCGACCUACCUCGCGACUCGAACUCGUCGAGGCGCCCAGACGGACCGCCCGAUCGACGCCAUCGUCUGCCCCAUGUGCCCGCAUCUCGCCGCGCCUCACCUCGACUCGCCUCGUCCCGCAGGCCUCAUCACGUACACGACCGUCUGGUCCCUGCUCGACCUCCCCUGCUGCACGGUCCCCGUCGGCCACGUGGACCCGGUGCUCGACGCCAAGCCGCCGCCAGGAGCUCACACGCCGCAGAGCGUGACGGACCGCGACAACUGGGACAGCUACUCGCCCGAGGCGUCGGCCAACGCGCCCAUCGUCCUGCAGGUCGUCUCGCCUCGGCGGUUCAGGGAGGACGAGCUGCUCGGUCUCGGCGAGGUCAUCGAGCGAGCGCUCGGUCGAGCGUAGCCGGGCGAGGGAGGAGCGCGGGCUGGAACAACUUGAGAAGGUCGCGACUGAGUUCUCGUUGCAAAUCAAGCGGUGCUGCACAUGUU